UUGAGAGGGGGCGGGUGCGGUUUUGCGGUGCGGUGUAUCUGCUGGCGGUAUGGUUGUUGGUGGUGAUACCCUCGUUCGGCGGGUUGACACGCUUUGUACCUGAAAAACGAUCGCAGAAUCUUCAAAAAACUGUAUCCAGCGAAUGCUUGUUUCGUCAGUUUUCAAUUCAUGAGCACAUCAUCUGCAGUGUUUGUUCAUUUGCUUACUGGAUACUACGAGACCACAAAUGAAUACAUCUACGUGCUCCAGGCCAGCAGCUACAGCAUCCUCAGGAAAGUAACCAACGGUGCGUCAGCCGACGUAGCGUCAGCGUUCACUCCCGGGGUGUACUCAGCCUCGACGUACCGAGUGUUCUUGUUCUCGUGGUGCGGCGGCCAGAUCAGUGCUGGACCCCAGGGGCAGGAGACGAUGCUCACCUGGAAAGAUCUGAGCCCUCUUAGCAUCACCUAUGUGAUGAUGGAAUCAGCUGUGGACAACGCCCAGACAUGGUUCAUGACAAACAACCUUGCUGACUACUGGUACCCUGCAGGAAACGUGACGACCACCGGUGACCCAAGAGGUCACAUCAUCAGGAAACUUCCAGCCAGUCUGUCCUCCACCAACUUCUCCACUGUCUUCAAUUGUAAAGGCCUCAGUGACUGUGACCUCUUCUUCCUUGGCGAUGAAAACUUCUUAAACUACUAUCGUGUUUGUAUUGGGUGUUUUUACAACGGGAAGAGCAUGAUAUCAUAUAAACGUGGCAGUACCGGAGAAGUGGUAAGUGUUGCAAACAUUCUUGCCAUCAACGCUUUGUUCUGCACCAAAGAAAUAUUAACUUUAGAACCGAUUUUUAUUCAAAAUGUUGUUUCAUUGUUCUCAAUACAGCUGUGCUUUGGGCACUUUAGGUGUUAAAUUCCUCCCAUUCAGAGGAUACAACAUCUCAAAUAAAGCUAUGGAAUAUCUCAAAAAAAGUUAUGGGAUAUCUCAAAUAAAGCUGUGGGACAGCUCAAAUAAAAUUAUGGGAUAUCUUAUAUAAAGUACCGAAAUAUCACAAAUAAAGCAAUGAUGUCUCAAAUUAAGCAAGGAUUUUUAUAAAAUAAAGCAAUGAGUUUUCUCAAUUAAAGAAAUUGCUUUUAUCAAAUAUAAGUA